AUGGUCAACUUGAACACGGUGGCACCGAAAAAUAACAGAGACUACUACAUUGCGCUCGGGCUCGAGGGGUCGGCGAAUAAGCUGGGCGUAGGGGUGGUUAAGCAUCCGCUUCUGCCCAAGCAUGCCAAUAGCGACCUGUCUUAUGACUGCGAGGCGGAGAUGCUCUCCAACAUCAGAGACACCUACGUAACGCCUCCCGGGGAGGGCUUCUUGCCCCGUGACACGGCAAGACACCACCGGAAUUGGUGUGUGAGGCUUAUCAAACAGGCGAUAGCCGAGGCGGGUCUCCAGGACCCGGCACUCGACGUCGACGUGAUCUGCUUCACCAGGGGCCCCGGAAUGGGUGCGCCCCUGCAUUCGGUGGUUAUUGCCGCCAGAACGUGCUCGCUGCUCUGGGACGUGCCCCUAGUGGGCGUGAACCACUGUAUAGGCCACAUCGAAAUGGGGAGGGAAAUCACCAAGGCCCAGAACCCUGUGGUACUGUAUGUGAGUGGCGGUAACACGCAGGUCAUCGCAUACUCGGAGAAGCGGUAUAGGAUCUUCGGCGAGACGCUCGAUAUCGCCAUUGGUAACUGUCUUGACAGAUUCGCCAGAACUUUGAAGAUCCCGAACGAACCCUCGCCCGGCUACAACAUCGAGCAAUUGGCAAGAAGCGCUCCGCACAAGGACGCCCUGGUGGAGCUUCCGUACACGGUGAAGGGAAUGGACCUUUCCAUGAGCGGUAUUCUGGCCUCCAUCGACUCGUUGGCCAAGGACCUGUUCAAGGGCAACAAGAAAAACAAGAUCCUAUUUGACAGGCAAACGGGCGAGCAGAAAGUCACCGUCGAGGAUCUUUGCUACUCUCUGCAAGAAAACCUGUUUGCCAUGCUCGUGGAGAUCACGGAAAGAGCCAUGGCGCACGUCAACUCCAACCAGGUGCUGAUCGUGGGCGGUGUAGGCUGCAACGUGCGGUUACAAGAAAUGAUGGCACAGAUGUGUAAAGACAGGGCCAACGGGCAGGUGCACGCCACGGACAACAGAUUCUGUAUCGAUAACGGGGUCAUGAUUGCGCAAGCAGGGCUGUUAGAGUACAGAAUGGGCGGCAUUGUGAAAGACUUUUCGGAAACUAUCGUUACGCAAAAGUUCAGAACAGACGAAGUGUACGCGGCUUGGCGUGACUAG